AUGUUUCCUCCAGAAUUUGCAAUUAAANAACUGAAUUCCCAGAAAAAAAGUCCCACUGGGAAUAAUUCAUGUAAAUGCCUGGAAUGUGGGAAGAGCUUCCGCAUUGCAAGUGCCCUCACUUACCAUAGAAGGAUCCAUACAGGGGGAAAGCCAUAUCAUUGCACUGUGUGCGGAAAGAGCUUUGCACAAAAAGGCAAUUUUAAUUUACAUAACAGGAUCCACACGGGAGAGAAACCCUAUAAAUGUUUGGAGUGUGGAAAAAGCUUCAACAGACGUGAUACUCUAAACUUACACAAUAGGAUGCAUAAAGGGGAAAAACCUUAUAAAUGCCUGCACUGUGAAAAGAGCUUUUAUCAAAAAGGUCAUUUUAAAUUACAUGAGAGGAUGCACACGGGAGAAAAACCAUUUCAAUGCAUGGAGUGUGGAAAGACCUUCUAUUGCUCGGCACAUCUUACUGCACAUCACAGAAUCCACACAGGGGAGAAGCCCUUUCAAUGCUUGCAAUGUGGAAAGUGCUUUGCCAGUUCUGGUGGCUUUCGUGCCCACGAACAGACCCACACAGGGGAGAAACCUUAUAAAUGCCUGGAGUGUGGAAAGAGCUUUGGUAAUUCCUACCAUUUAACGUUACAUAGGAGAAUCCACAGUGGAGAGAAACCAUAUCAAUGCUUUGAGUGUGGGAAGCACUUCAGUCAAACAAGUAACCUUAAUAUGCACAAAAGGAUCCACACGGGGGAAAAGCCUUAUAAAUGCACCGAAUGUGACAAAUGUUUCACCCGUUCGUGGUCCCUCACUUCCCACAAAAGGCUCCACACUGGGGAGAAACCAUAUGAAUGCCGCACAUGUGGAAAGUGCUACAAUACAAAAACUGACUGUAUCGUACAUAGUAGAACCCACACUGGGGAGAAGCCAUAUCAGUGCCAAGAGUGUGGAAAAUGCUUCAGUGAUUCUGGAAAACUGACGAUCCAUAAAAGGAUUCAUACAGGGGAGAAACCCUUUAAGUGCAUGGAGUGUGGCAAGAGUUUUAGAAAAAGUAGUUAUCUUGAUAUCCACAAGAGGAUCCACACUGGGGAGAAACCAUACACCUGUAAUGAGUGCGGAAAAAGCUUUACAAGCGAUAAUUCACUCAGAAACCAUAAAAGGAUUCACUCAGGGCAGAAACCCUAUAAAUGCCUGGAGUGUGGAAAAUGUUUUAGUGUGAGUGGCCAUCUUACUUACCACAAUAGGCUCCACACAGGAGAGAAGCCGUUUAAAUGCAUUGAGUGUGGAAAGAGUUUCCGAGCUGGCAGCAGUUUUAGACUCCAUAAUAGAAUCCACACAGGGGAGAAGCCAUAUGAGUGUGUGGAGUGUGGAAAGAAAUUCAGAACUGGGGGUGACUUUAAUCGGCAUAAGAAAACGCAUAGCAGGAAAAGAUGACACUAAUGGUUUCGUAUUGAUUUUCAAAAUUUGCUUCAUCCCCAUAGAAGUGUCCACAGGAGAAUCUGUAGAAAUACUUGGCAAAUGGGAAGGGCUUCCAAAGCAACAGAAGCUUUUUGACCCAUUAAAAAUAAGUGUUGCCUUAUAUAUUUAAGUCAUGCCAGAAGAGAGGUUACUGCUGGUUCGGCCCGGUUCAGCCGAACAGGUAGUGGAAUUCAGGCCUGGGUCACAGAACCGGCAGCGACCGAGGCCUGCCUGAACCAGUUCCCUCACUGCUGCUUGGCUGCUGCCAUUUUGGAUUUUAGUGACACUGUGUGCGUAGUUUACUGUAAACUUUUUGGUGUAUGCGCGCAGAACAGUUUACAUUGAACACGGCAUGCAGUUUGCACGCAGGUUGCAAACCAGCAGUAACACCGGCAGCAAGCCACCCCUGUGCCAGAACAAAGAGAAAAAGGAUCUUCAGUGAGCACUUCACUGGGAGAAAGAGACGCAAAAGAAUGAACCAUUGAACCAAUACAAGACUCAAGUUUUUUUUUGUCAAAAAUAAACACUGGACGGUUGGUGUUGUGUCUGCACCGUCUAAAAUUGGUUGGGUUCAACUGAUUUCUAGUUGAGAUACGAUAUUGAUUGUGUUUGUUUUCUGUUAAUACCCUAACUUGUACAGUAGCUAAAGGCUUAGCUUACACAUCUCAGAUAUGUUGGCUCAGGAAUUCUGGAAGUUGAAGCCCAUAAGUAUAAAAGGCCCAAGGUUCACCAUUCCUGGUCUAAAUAGAAGGAUCCUUGGAGAUUCAAUUAACAGGUUAAACUUAGAAUAAAGUUGGAAGUGCUUCAGUUUGUUAAACCAGAACCCCAGAUAUACUAAGGAACAAGACAAGAGGUACAAAUAGGAAAGAUUUUCACCUGUACACCUCUAAAAAGAAGAAGCAUGCUAUUAGAAAAAUAGGAAGUAUCAUGGAAAAGUACUGCUGAAGCAACAUUUAUGAAAGCAUUGAGGUUACUCUGUGUACAUGUUAGGAUAGCUUUAAAUAACUUGGCUGGGCUUUGUAUUAUGUACAGUAAAUGUAAAUGUAAAGGUUCCCCUCGCACAGAUGUAUUAGUCAUUAACGACUCUAGAGGGCGGUGUUAAUCUCCAUUUCAAAGCCGAAGAACCAGCACUGUCUGAAGACGUCUCCAUGGUUAUAUAGCUAGCAUGACUACAUGGCGAAGGUACACGGAACAUUGUUACUUUCCCACCAAAGGUGGUUCCUGUUUUUCUACUUGCAUUUUUACAUGC